AUGGGAAGACGAGAAAUGCAAGUGCAUGAGAUCACCGAGCGGCCCGCAAAGAAAGCAAUGCCACCUCGCCCUGAACCGAUCGUGGAGUUAGAAGAAGUGGAGAUCGACCCUGCCCGACCAGAGAGGCGGAGAAUGUGUGUAGAUUACACCGACCUCAACAAGGCCUGUCCGAAGGAUCCUUUUCCUCUACCCAGGAUUGAUCAGCUAGUCGACGAGACUGCAGGGUCGGCCCUAUUGAGCUUCAUGGAUGCCUUCCGAGGCUACCAUCAGAUCUACAUGCACAAAGCCGACGAAGAGAAGACGGCCUCCAUCACCCCCAAUGGUGUGUACUGCUACCAGGUGAUGCCCUUCGAACUCAAAAACGUCGGGGCUACAUACACCCGAAUGGUCGCUCGGCUAUUCCAAGAUCUAUUGGGAAAAUCUAUGGUGGCGUACGUUGAUGACAUGUUGGUCAAAAGCCCGGAAGAGUCAGGUCAUGCUCAAGAUCUGGCCGAGUUUUUCCAGGUAAUGCUUAAAUAUAUUCGACGGCUUAAUCCCAAAAAGUGCGCCUUUACCGUGCAAGGAGGGAAAUUUUUGGGCUACAUGGUGACCAAGCGGGGCAUUGAGCCGAACCCCGAGAAGGUCUAA